GAGGCGGUAGGAGCAGAAGGGGGAGAUAAAAGGGGAGCGGGAGAUCAAGAAUCCUGCCCAGUUACACCAGCCCGCCCGCCGGAACUGCAGUUUCUCGGCUUAGGUGCUUCUGCCCCGCGGGAGCGGCCGAUUCCGAGGCCGACUCCGGCAAUGGCCUUUGCAAAUCUGCGGAAAGUGCUCAUCAGUGACAGCCUGGACCCUUGCUGCCGGAAGAUCCUGCAAGAUGGAGGGCUGCAGGUGGUGGAGAAGCAGAACCUGAGCAAAGAGGAGCUGAUAGCCGAGUUGCAGGACUGUGAAGGCCUCAUCGUCCGCUCAGCCACCAAGGUGACUGCUGAUGUCAUCAACGCGGCAGAGAAGCUCCAAGUGGUGGGCAGGGCCGGCACGGGCGUGGACAACGUGGACCUGGAGGCUGCCACCAGGAAGGGCGUUCUGGUCAUGAACACCCCCAAUGGGAAUAGCCUCAGUGCUGCGGAGCUCACCUGCGGGAUGAUCAUGUGCCUGGCCAGGCAGAUUCCCCAGGCGACGGCUUCCAUGAAGGACGGCAAAUGGGAACGGAAGAAGUUCAUGGGAACAGAGCUAAAUGGAAAGAUCCUGGGAAUUCUUGGCCUGGGCAGAAUUGGGAGAGAAGUGGCCACCCGGAUGCAGUCCUUUGGAAUGAAGGACCCGGUUUCAUCCUAUUCUGGAAACUCCGUGGUUCUUCUGGUCGAGGGAGGGUUGUCAUCCCCUGAGGCCGAUCCAGGAGACCUUGCAAAGGGGGAGGCCACCGAGCCACAGGAGGGGACCCGUCAGGGCGGGUGACAGGGUGGCCAGGAGUGCUCGUGGACGUCUCCUUGUUCACUCUUUGUUCGCUGUUUGCUGUUAGGAGCAUGAUGUGUUCAAACUGCUGCCAGGAAGGCU